GAGAGAGGUAUAUUUUAGUACUUCUUACCAAAACAGGAAGUAACAAAUUUGAACUUGAUUAUAUGAAUGAGAUUGUUAAUAUGACGUGUAGUUGUUAUCUGUGAAGCUGUGAACGGAGACGAUGGAAAUUAUGAGGGACUCGGACGCUGAUUUAUGGAAACAAAUUGAGGUUUCAGAGAGCUACCUUGUUUGCUCCAUGUACGAAGAAGCAGCAUCAUUAGCUUCCUCUAUUUUGAAGUGCUUGCGUUAUGAUUAUAAUGAUGCUACUCAAGAUAUGUUGGAAUCAACUGCUAUGGUGCUCGUUCAGGCAUUCAAGGAACUUGGCAGGACACCAGAAAUUCUUAAUCAACUCAGACCUCAUUUCAUUUCAGUAAAAGCUAUUCCCUCCAGAGUUCUUCUUACUGGAGCCUGUUUUCAAAUAGCAGAAGGUUCUGUUUUUGGCGUUCAAGAAUUUCUUGAGGAGUUUCUGAACGGAUGGACUCUUGGGGAUGCACAAUAUAGUGCUGUCAUUGCAGAAGCAAAUGUAGAGCAUGAAAGUAGACAUGAAAGGCACUUUGUUCUUGGAAUUGAUAUGUAUUUGGAAGUUGUUGAGGUCUAUGCCGUUACACUUCUUGCUACAGUUCUAAAAGAUGUAGAUCUUGCAAUUUCCUGGGUUGAGAAUGCUUCAUUGCCUGAGGAAAACCGACAGGGAAUUCUGAGGAGGUUACAGUCUAUGCAUUCUCUUAAAAAUACCAUUUUGUCUCAAACUACCUUUCCGCAGUCACCUACCAAUAACAAUGAAGCUUAUUCUUUGAAAGAAUUAAAUGCGUGUGAAGGAUCAGCUAAAGCCUUGAAAGGAAAACAUAGGGACAAUCAAAAGUAUAGAUCCAAAGAAGCUGUUCCAAAACUGUCUGAACGAAUAGAAACAUGUUUCUGGUGCUUCCGUUCUAUCAAUUUGAAGUUUGGCACUGCCAAGUUUGUCAUAUCUAGUGGGAAGAUUAUGCUUGGUUGUUUGAUCUUGUUCAUCUAUUAUGUGUACAGAAAGAAGCAACAUACUUUUAAAAGGAUUGUAAGAAGACAAGCAAUCGCCAUGAAGAGGGCUUUGGUCGAUUUGUGGCGUCUUGCAUUUUCGUAUCAAGUAAAUCCUCUGGCAGCUGUUCAACCACUCUCUGCUGCAGUUCGUCAAGGUCAGUGAUGGAAUUGAUGAUCAAGCAUGACCUUCACGAGUUUGUCGUAAGUAAUCCUCAGUAUACCUUCCUGACUAGCCUUAUAGUUCCAGAAAGGCAACAUUGUAUUGUUUGAAGUUGCACUUCCUUAUGCUGAUCAAUAACGCCUUAACAUUUAGAUGUUUUAAAUUCAUGGGAAAGGGGCACAUCAAUUCAUGUAUUAUAUUCUCUGUACUAGGAAUAUCUGAGAUUAAUGUACUGUCUUAAAAUAAACUCGUGAAAAAGAGAUCACAUAUCCACUGCAGAAUGCAAUUAUUGUCAUGAUCGCAAGUUGUAAUUACAACAGGGUAUUUUGCUCUGCAUAGAAAAGCCAUCACUUUGAUAUGUUUUCUGU